GUCAAUUGUUGAGAAAUGGCUUUCCUACUGAGUCUUUUUCUUGGCGUUUAUUUAGCUCCAUUAGCUCUUUCAGAACUUCUAAUUGAUGUCCAGCCCAAUGUUAUUUCAGAAGAGCUGACACCAAAACUUGUCAUCAACUGUUCUAUAAGUAACAAUCAAGUACAACAAAUUGAUACUAUUAAAUCUCUUUCACUUGCUCGAUACAAUGAAAACAUUAAAAAGUUUGAGGUGCUCCUGGCACUGGAAGUCUCAACUUUAAAUCUAACACAAUAUGUGCAAUUUCAGCGUUCUCAAAUUGGUUUUGGAAAUAUGUAUAUAAGUUUAACCCUUCAAGAGCCAACUCAGUCUGAUGCUAGGGUAUACAGAUGUAAUGUUACUGGAGACGACGCUGAUGGGAUCAAUAUUUCAUUGGUCAAUAAAAAGGAAGUCAAAUAUGAAACUAUCUCGACACCAGUGCUUGAUGAGAUAAGGCGUUUAAAAAAAGACGCCGAUAAAAAUCAAUGCUCUAGUACAAAGGAAGAAAUUAUGGACAAGAAGAAACAAAGAUCAAAACUUUCUUUUGUUGGAAGCUCUGAAGUUAUCAACGAAUUUAUUGAGACAUUCACCUUAACAUGCUCAUGUCAGGAUUCGAAUCUUCAUUCAGAUACAAAUUAUACAGUUGAAUUUAUGUAUAUAUUUCAUGAAACCAAUGGUGUUAUCGCUACCAUAAACAAAGGUCAAACCGUUGUUACAGCCAUUCAAGAAGUUGGUUCUAAUAAUGUUAAAGGUGAACUCUCUGACGAAAAAUUACAUGAGUCAUAUCUUCAAGUCACAUGGAGAAAUUUGAGAUCCUCAGAUUCUGGAAAGUACUUCUGUGGAGCUCAUGUCAUUGGUUCUGAUGGAAGAGCUGAGAGAUUGAACGAGAUGGUAACAAUUCAAGUUAAACUCCCAACGUUUGAGGAUUUGGUGAACGUGAUACAGAAAUUAUUAAUACAGGCUAAUGAUGACAGAGAAAUUCUACAAGAUAAUAAACAAAAUAUAAAGAGCAUUCAAAAUGAAUUGAGAAAUAAUCAAGACAAUGUUAUAAAAAUGUACAAAGAUUUGGAUAAUCAUGAGCAAAACUUUAAAACAAUAAAAAAAGAUUUGGAUUCAAAUCAACAAAACAUUAAAAUCAUUAACCAAGACUUGGAUAAUCAAAAACAAAAUAUCAUCAGAAUUAAUACAGAUUUGGAUAGCAAAGAGCAACAAUUUACAAGAUUUAACAAGGAUUUAGAUUCUAAACAACAAGAUAUUAUAAGAAUUGACAAAGAUUUGAAUGCUACAGAACACAAUAUUACAAGAAUUAACAAAAAUUUAGAUUCUAAACAACAAGAUAUUAUCAGCAUAAAGCAAGACUUGGAGAGCAGUAAAAAAGACUUCAAUGAGCAUAGACAAAAUAUAAGCAUCUUCAAAGACAUGCUGGAUACAGUCAUCUAUAAUUUGUCAUCUUCAUUGACAGACGUCAAACAAGAGCUAACCAAAGUGAACAAAAAGUUACAUGAGUCAUGCAAGUGUCUACCAAAACCGACGUCAUGUCGCGAUAUAGUCAGUACAAAAGACCGCGUUGUGGUGACUUUAGGUUCCGGUUUAGAGGUCAUGUGUGACACGAAGACAGACGGCGGUGGAUGGACCAUCUUUCAGAGAAGAAUCAACGGAAAAGUAGAUUUCUAUAGAGGCUGGAAGGAGUAUCGUGACGGCUUUGGAGAUUACAACAUUGGCGAAUUUUAUCUGGGAAAUGAAAAAGUUUAUCAAUUAACAUCAGAGAAAGAAAACGAGCUUAGGGUUGACCUGGAAACUAACAUAACAAGUUAUUUUGCCUACUACUCAGAGUUUUAUUUGCUAAAUGAAACUGAAAAUUAUAAAUUAAAGGUUGGCGGAUUUAAUGGAACAAUGAGUGAUGAUUUGCAUCACAACAAUAACAAGGCUUUUAGUACUUUUGACAAAGAUAAUGAUUCUGAUGGAAACAGCAAUUGUGCUGAGAACUAUAAAGGAGCCUGGUGGUACGGAUCUUGCGGUUAUGCCAGUCUAAAUGGUAUCUGGGUACAGGGUAUACUCUGGUGGAGAAUAACUAAAAAAGAAAAUGUAACCUUGGCUGAAAUGAAAAUAAGAGAAAAACGAAAUUAAGAGAAAACAAACAAAAAAAUGUGAAAGUAAGCGCUAAAAUUUAUGAAGAACGAUUUCUACAUUUUCAUGAAGAAAUUUGUUUAUAAUGUUGAAUGCUCUGUUACUAUGAUGAUACAAGCAUGAACACAAUUUAUAUAUC